ACAAGUGUUGGGGGGGCGGCUCAUAAAAUAAAAACCUUUUCUUCAAAGCAAAAAGAUACCAUUUUUGUUCUUACUCUUUAUUCUUCCUAAUCUCAGGACUCGUCCCAGAUACCAAUUUCUUGAAAUUUUCAUGUAUACCUCCAUGGACGGUUCGAUGGGCAGCUUCGGAACUAGAUUAAAGCAGGCAUCGCUUCUAUGGGUGGAGGGUUUCAGGGAGGCUUGCUGUCUUCACCGUGUUGUUAUCUACUGUCGCAGGUCAAGAGAGGUUGCCAUCCGUACCGGACAGUGUUUCCUCUUGAAUGGAAUCAUCUUCUUGGGAAGCAUACUUGUUCUAAGGUCUGUUGUCAUUCCCACACUGCAAUGGGUGUUGCCUGAUGAGUGCCAGCUUAUUAAUUAUCAGGAAUCAUGUCCUUUUGGGGGUAUUUUCAGAUUCUAUUCCUUCUUACGACUUGGACUGAUUCAACUCUUCUAUGUAUUCUGGUUCUACCCUAUGUACAUAUCCAGCUUUAUUCUAAGCACCCUAUGGUAUAAUGACAUUGCAAAGUAUGGGUUUUUCGCAAUAGAGAAGAAUGGGGCUUCUGGUUCCGAAUUAUCUGACAAAAAGGACUCAACUGCAUCACAAAAUAUGUCUGCCAGUGAUAAAACUACUGACCUUGAGGGCGUAAUGAUUGGGAUAGCUGAACAGGUCUACUCAGUUCUCCUAUUGAGUUUCUUCUUCCUGGAGGUAUAUAUUACUGGAUUCAUCCCUUACAUUGGAAAGGCAUUGAACUUUCUGCUCCUUGUAUGGAUGUAUGCUUAUUAUUGUUUCGAGUAUAAAUGGAAUUAUUCUGGUGUGAGUUUGGACAAAAGGCUGGACUUCUUUGAAUCCAACUGGCCAUUUUUUGCUGGUUUUGGAAGCCCGUGUAUUCUCGCAGUAUUCUUUUACUCUCCCCUGGUUAGCUAUGGGGUUAUGGCUACACUCUAUCCAUUAUUUGUUCUGACUGCUACAGGCUCAGAAGCAGACAAAGCCAUUGCUUCUCAAAGAAAGAAAUGGAAAGGUGCAGGAUUGGGAAGGAUCCCUAUAUUCGUCUCUGCUGAUUAUUUAUCGAUGAAAGUGUUGUCUCUCUUCCCAAUGGAACGUCGGCAGCAAGUGGUGCACAACCAGAAAGCCCUGUGAUCACCGAAUGUUACCGUUCGUCAAAAUGGUAUGUCUUUGAACACGAACCCAGUGCUUUUGGACUCGUGAAUCCAACAUGUUUUUGUUGCCCGAAUUGUGCUUCUUGUUAUACUGUGCGAGACUGGUUCUUGACAUCAUCCAUGUAGGUCAGUUAACGUGAUUUUGCAUCAUGAAUAUUUGGAAGAAUUCGGAUCAACAAGAAAUCUAUCAGUUGUUGGAGAUGUGUGUUAUUCAUCAUCUGUAUAUAUAGAAAUAAGAAGUGGUGAUAUAAUUAUGGGUUGAAAUGAAGCAAAGGUUUGAUUGUAGAGAAGCACAUGGUGAAAUGUAUAAACAUGUUUCUCUUGAUGGAAACACUGUCCAAUUCUCUACUGUACACUCUUCUUAUCUCUUUAUAAAAGCUUGCACAUUUGAAUG